AUGACUCUCCCAUUCACAGUCGCUCCAUUUUUGGUCCUUCAGGUCGUCGCGGUAACAAUACUUGCGCUCCUGGCCAACCUUCCUUUAGCUGCUGAAAGGAAGAGUUUGCGUAGCUGGUUCAAUACCGUGGAGCUGGCCUGUCGGGGAUACACACUUGGUGGCGCUGUUCCCAUGCUCUGGGCUGGUUAUAUGUGGGCUGGUUACAACGAAACAUGCCUGAAGGAUAGUUCUGGACAAUACUGCAAUGAUGUUAUCAGCAAGUUUACAAGCGUCUCUGACUACACGAAAAUGCCGCGAGAAGAGAUGUGCUCGACAUGCUACGUUAAACGGCUUGCGAUGAUGCAAGCUUCUCCGUAUUCAAUCUACGACGACUACUACGAGAGACAACUUCAGUAUAUUUAUGCCAAAUGCGGCCUUAAAGGCAACACGACAGUACCAAACUCAUUGACGCCUGAGCUAGAGGACAACUCUCUUGACUGUGGCACGGAUGAGUGGUACACGACUAGCACCGGCGAAACUUAUGACUCGAUUGGACUCAAGCGCGGCGUAUCAGCUUCUCUCUUCAUUGUGAAUCAAUACCACCUGCCCAGCUGCAGCGCAGAUGCAGUAAUUGAGCCCGGUACCAAGCUCUGCAUGCCUGCAAAGUGCGACCGUGUUCAUCAGCUGCGAACUGAGGAGGAUUACCAUCUACUUGAGUCUCAUGCGACCAACAAACUGCUUGAGGGGGAUGUACAGCUUUAUAACCCAUGGGUCGGUUAUAAUUGCAUCAACCUGCAGGAAUUCACUGCCGCAUAUGGGAACAUUAUAUGCUUCGGCCUAGAAUUCGAACAGAACAAUACCUCAUACAACAGCACCGAUACUACCACGCCUCAGCCAUUCAACCCAUACACCUACGACAAGAUUGCCCCUCCUACGGGUGCCAAGGUACCCCAAGGUACAACGGAACGUUGCGGCCGGUGGUAUGUUGCAGGCAAGGAAGACUCGUGCGCUCAUAUUUGUGCUGUUUCAAGUAUCGAUAUCGACUUGUUGUUCAUGGUCAAUACCGGACUGGGCACCGACGCAGCGGCAUGCUCAGCGAAACUCGUGGCUGGCAACGCGUACUGUGUAGGGCCGAACCAUGACUGGAAGGAUCCUUAUCCUCAAAGAACUUCAGUUUCUACAACAAUUUACAUUACAGACGGUUAUGUCUGGCCUACUAAGACAGGUGAAUGA